CAUCUACACUUGACCUUCCCCAUCUAGAGCAACUUCCGCAAUGUUGAGCUGGAAAUUGCCUAUCGUAUCGUCGUGUGUGUGACUUCUAGCUCCGUACUUAGUACCUACGAUGCGUAUCCUCACGGUCCUCCCGCUCCUCUCUGUUGCGCUCGCAGCAGCAGCACCUCAGAAGGCGAUAUCUCCCCAUGCCGUCGUCGCAGAUAUCCAGCAAUCGGCGUUGAUGGACAACCUCGCGCGUCUGGCCAGGAUUGCCGAAAACAACGGUGGCAAUCGAGCCUUCGGCCUGCCCGGAUACCGAGCCAGCGUGGAUUUUGUCCUCGAGCGGCUGGCGAAGUUCGGACGGACGGUGGAUUUCCACGAGCAGGCUUUUCAGGCGUUGUUUGCCAUCGUCGAUGACAUCCAGCUGAGCGCGGUGGGCGGCGAGGAUGUGUAUGUUUUCGGCCUGACGUACAGUCCUUCGACGGUGCCUGGGGGAGUGACGGCAGAGUUGGUGCUCGCUCCUGAUGGCCUCGAGGGGUGUUCCGCGGCUGGCUUCGACGGCCGCGAUGUCAAGGACAAGAUCGUGUUGACGCAGCGGUUCCGCUGUCCCGAUGGCACCACGCUGGGAGGAAGGGUCAGAGCUGCGGUUGCGGCGGGUGCUGUCGCCGUCAUCGUCUAUCACGAUCUUCCCACCAAGCCAACGGCGGGAACCCCGAGUGCUCCGGAUCCUGUCGGCUACCGCUCGGCAGGAUUCAUCAAUAAGGCGGACGGCGAAGCGUGGCGUGCUCGCAUCGAAGCCGGGGAAACCAUCCAGGUCAACUUCCGGCACCUCCAGACGAUCGAGAACCGGACGACGUGGAAUGUCAUCGCCGAGACAAAGGGUGGCGAUCCAUCCAGCGUGAUAGUGCUCGGAGCACAUCUGGAUUCCGUCCAAGCGGGACCGGGUGUUAACGACGACGGAUCCGGAACAUCUUUGAUAAUGGAGCUACUUGCAUCGACGCAGCAGUACCGACCCAACCUCAAGCUACGGUUCUGCUGGUGGGGGGCCGAAGAAAAUGGUCUUCUCGGAUCCAAACAUUACGUUGCCGCCCUACCGGCAAGGGAUCUGCAAAACAUCCGAGCAUAUCUCAACUUCGAUAUGGUAAGCCGCGGCUAUUUCGGCGUCUUCGACGGCGACGGCAGCACGCACGGGCUAGCCGGUGCCGCAGGCAGCGGGGUGAUCGAGGCGCUGCUUGCGGAAUACCUAGAGAAGAAGGAGCACGUUACCGUGACCCCCGCCGUGUUCACCGGCGGCAGUGACUAUGCUAGUUUCAUGUCGCAGGGCAUUCCGGUUGGCGGGUUGCAUACCGGAACUGGGGUGGAACAGGAUGCCUGCUACCAUCAGGAGUGCGAUGGUUACGGCAAUGCCAACGCUACCGUCCUGGCCAAGAAUGCGAGGACUGCUGGGCAUGUUAUGGCUCGAUUGGCCAUUGAUGGAAAGAAGCUGAUACCCAAGUGGAACUCUACUGCCGCGGUAGCAGACAGGCGUAGCGGUAUGAGCGCCAUGUUGGUGAAUGAUCAGGGGUUUGCGUGGGGCGUUGAGGAAGGAGGGAGACAUACGGGAUGUGAACUCGGUGACGAGUAG